AUGGAGGACCUCCCUGAUUUCCUGAUCGUUGGUGGCGGGAUCUUCGGUGUCAGCACGGCCUAUCAUCUCGCUCAACAACUCGACCGAUCGGCACAGAUCGUGCUGUUGGAUCGCGCAGCACCUCCGUCCACCCCUGCAGCAUCCACUGACAUUAACAAGAUCAUCCGGGCAGACUAUACCAACCCACUGUACGUCGCGCUCGGUUUCGAGGCCAUCGACGCAUGGAAAUCGCUAUCGUUUCUUCAGGAUGCCGGUGUCUAUCAUCCAUCCGGAUGGAUCUCCAUGGACGAAAAGGACAGCGAUGCCCCCGCGGUGAUUCGAAAGAACUUCCGCGACUGUGGCCGGGGCGACGUCCUGGUUGACAUGAGCGAGGAAGAGGUCCGUCAGGCUUGGGGAGGCCUCCUCGGGCGGACCGACUGCUCUCCGUUCGGGUCGUAUUAUUAUAAUUCCUCCGCCGGCUGGGCAGACGCAGGGAAAGCCUUGCAGCUCAUGGCCCAAGAGGCGAUCCGGCUGGGCGUCCGAUAUGAGAUUGGGGAAGCGCGCCGGAUUGUGUGCGGAGAGAAGGGCAUUCUGGGGGUCAAAACAGCCGAUGGAACCAUCUACCAGGCCAGAAAGAUUUUGUUGGCAACAGGAGCCUGGACGAGCCAGCUCAUGUCGUCCGUGGAGGAUGACUGGAAUCUUCCUGAGGAAGACCGCGUGGAGCGUCAGGUAUCUGCCGCCGGGGUAAUGGUCUCUCACUUCCAGCUGUCGCCGGAGGAAAAGGCCAGAUACUCACAACUGCCGGUGUUGGUCUACGGUGGGCAAGGCGAGGUGAUUCCUCCCACUGCUGACGGAAUCCUGAAAUUCACCAACGCAACGUCGCUCACCAACACCAUCCGCACCGUCACAGGGCACGAUAUCUCGGUCCCACUUCCAGAUCAAAGCCAUGUCCCACCAGAGCUGCAGGAAGACCAUAUCCGAGCCAUUCAACCCCGACUGCCACAGAUUUUGGACGACCACCGCCAGCCAGAUUACUGGCGCUUGUGCUGGGAUGCCAUCUCGCCCAGCCAGCAUCCGCUUAUCACGCGCCAUCCCGACGACCGGCUGUCCCACCUGUAUUUCGCGGUGGGGGGAUCCUUCCACUGCUACAAGUUCCUCCCGACGAUCGGCAAAUACGUGGUCAACGUGCUGCACGGGGUUUCGAGCGGUCCAGAGAAAGACAAGGCGUGGGCGUGGAAAACCGACCGGUUGGGCGAGCGGGGAGUGCAUGAGCGCUUGGUGCCCGGGCGAGAGUUUCGCGAUUUUGCAUGA